AUGACAGUGACCUACACCAACCGCGUGGCAGAUGCCCGCCUGGGCACCUUCUCCCAGCUCCUGCUCCAGUGGAAGGGCAGCAUCUACAAGCUGCUCUACUCCGAGUUCCUGAUCUUCAUCUCUCUCUACUUCACCAUCAGCCUUGUCUACAGGCUGAUCCUGAGCGAGAGCCAAAGGCUGAUGUUUGAGAAGCUGGCGCUGUACUGCAACAGCUACGCUGAGCUAAUCCCCGUGUCCUUCGUGCUGGGUUUCUACGUGGCCCUGGUGGUGUCCCGCUGGUGGGCCCAGUACGAGAGCAUCCCAUGGCCAGACCGGAUCAUGAACCUGGUGUCCUGCAACGUGGAUGGGGAGGACGAGUACGGGAGGCUCCUGCGCCGCACCCUGAUGCGCUACAGCAACCUGGUCAGCGUGCUGAUCCUGCGCUCCGUCAGCACCGCCGUCUACAAGCGCUUCCCCAGCAUGGAGCACGUCGUGAGGGCAGGCCUCAUGACACCAGAAGAGCACAAGAAGUUUGAGAGCUUGAAUUCCCCCCACAACAAGUUUUGGAUCCCGUGUGUGUGGUUCUCCAACCUGGCUGUGAAGGCGAGGAAUGACGGCAGGAUCCGGGACAGCGUGCUGCUCCAAGGCAUCCUGAAUGAGCUCAACACCUUGCGCAGCCAGUGUGGGAAACUCUAUGGAUAUGACUGGAUCAGCAUCCCUCUGGUCUACACCCAGGUGGUGACUGUGGCCGUUUACAGCUUCUUCCUGGCCUGUCUGAUUGGGAGGCAAUUCCUGGAUCCAGAGAAAGCAUAUCCAGGCCAUGAGCUGGAUCUCUUUGUGCCCGUCUUUACAUUUUUGCAAUUCUUCUUCUAUGCUGGCUGGUUAAAGGUGGCUGAGCAGCUCAUCAACCCUUUUGGGGAGGACGACGAUGACUUUGAAGCCAACUGGCUCAUUGACAGAAACCUGCAGGUCUCCCUCAUGGCAGUGGAUGAGAUGCACCAGGAUUUACCCAUUCUGGAGAAGGACCUCUACUGGAACGAGCCCGAUCCCCAGCCACCCUACACCGCAGCCACUGCUGAGUAUAAGCGCCCAUCCUUCCUGGGCUCCACUUUUGACAUCAGCAUGCAGAAGGAAGAGAUGGAGUUCCAGCCCCUGGAGCAGAUUAAAGAGAACGAGGAGGCCAACCACUCCACUCCCUUGCUGGGACACCUGGGCCGUCUCCUGGGUGUCCAGUCCCCAAACUUCUCCAGGUCCUCUUCCCGGAUGAACCUGCUGCGCCGGCGAGGAGAUCCCGCGUCGCCCUUCUCCCAUUAUACCUACCAGGACAUGGGGAAGGUCGGAAGUCCUUGUGGCAUCAAUCAGCCAAGAGGAGACUCCCAGGAGCAGUGGGACAGCGAAGAGGGAAAACUAAGGGAGUUUGAUGCUUUCAUGUCCACCCCCUUUUACGAGAGGCCUGGGUUCUACAGCGCUCCGCAGACGCCCAUCAGCUCCAUCCCCAUGAUUUUCCCUUCCCGGCGCCAAGGGCGCAAGAAGCCACCGGCACUCUCCAGCAUCGCUGCGUGCUCCACUUCCCUUCGGGAUGUCAUUGUCAACGCCUCCCCUUCCAGGGCCAGCGAUGUGGACAAGAGCCAGAGCUCCCUGGGCUCUGCUGCAAAGGAAACCUUUGUUUGGCCAACAGAGCGGAGCAAAGGUCCUGACUCUGUGGCUGUGACAGUAGAAGAAGGAAAGAGCAGCUCCAGGGAAGCAGCCACCACGGGAAGCCCAGGAGCACAGUCCACAGCAUCCAACAGCCCCAAAUUCCCCUUCCUACCAGAGACCCCUGAGCAUGAGAAGCACGGCAGCUUCAAAAGCCUGAAGAACUCCAAAGCCUCACGCCCACCCUGGCUAAACCUGGAGAGCACGGCCUCAGCCACUCCCAAUUCUGAGCAUUCCAGUGCCUUUCACACCCCCAGUAACAAAACCCCCGGAGGCAGCACCUCCCUCUGCUUCUCCUUCACUCCUGUCACCUCUCCAGCCCUGGAAAGGUCCCACAAAGGCAACCUGGGCCCUGAGGCUCGCAGCCUCAGUUUGGAAGAUGCAGCCAGCGCUCCAGACCAGCACCCAGAGGUUUCCAGGAACAUGAGAGACACUGGGAAUGGAAAUACCAACCCCCCAGCUCCUAAAGAGCCCAGGAGAGCAGAGAGUCCAUCCCCCAAUGACUCUGGAAUCUCCCUAGCUGAGGGUGACUACGUGGGGCUGAUGGAGGUGAUCCUGGAGGCCAGUGAAAGCCCAGGGGAGGAGCAGAUAGACCAGUAUAGCUAAAGGGGAAUCCAUGGGAUACCUGCCUUAUCUUGGC